UUCGGCUGGGCUCUGUAUAUCCUCACACAAUCUACCCACGACGGCCAUUUUGUUUACAUUCCCGACGUUGUUAGCAAGAUCUUCAACUUUGGCCGUCCAAUCCCUCUCGUGUCCGUCUCCAAGGAUGGCAAGUCACUCCCAGAACCAUACGCCUAUCCAGACAUCCUCGCAUCGUCCCUCGCCAACGCCACCUUCGAACCCUCAAAGAUCGUGAAGAUCAACGGAGAGGACGCGAAGACCUACCUCGAGACCUUCAGCCAGUUUGGCUCCCUGCAAGAUCGCGAUGCCCUGUACAACAACAUCUUCUAUGAGCUCGCCAUUGUGAGUCUGGGUAGCUCUGGCGCUGGCUCAGGUACCUUUACAGGAGGAGGCCGAGGACGAUGGGUCUACCCUGGGCCAACCACAGAGCUGACUUUCGCAAACGGCUCUGUUGCCCAGUUCCCCAAUUUUGCUCGUGUUCUUGUUCCAUUCACGGGAAUUCAGUCAGGUGAGGAUGUAUACACCCAGUACUUCUCAACGCCUGCAAACACUUCUGCCGGUAUCAACAUACCAAAUCAACCCGAAACCACUCCCACUCCCACGCCCACUACCGCUUCUGCCGCUGCUACACCCGCUCCCGGCUACCCACAGCCAGUUGUCCGAGCCUCCAACAAUGCGAUUGGAGGAUACUAUCUUGAAGAGGAUGGGUUUGAGGAUGUUGCUGUCCUGAGCAUACCAAGUUUCGGCGGUGCGGGCGGCCAAAAUUCCCCAAUGGACUUCCAGACCAUUGGUAGAGACUUUGUGCAAAAAGCCAAGGCCGAGGGCAAGAAGAAACUCAUUGUCGACCUUUCUGCAAACGGUGGGGGAAUCAUAUUGCUUGGUUAUGAUGCCUUCAAAUACCUAUUCCCCAAAGCGACAGCUUUCGCUGCAUCUGAUCGAUUUCGCAUCUUUGAAGCUACAGAUCUCAUCGGCAAGAAGUUCUCAGACGUUGCCGGUCAGUACCCACGCACUUUGGACCCGGCUCUCGGAGAGGUCGAGGCAACCGUUGUAGCCGAUAUUUUCAACUACCGUUCGGAUCAGAAGCCUGAGGGCGUCCCUUUUACCUCGUGGGAUGAUAAGAAUGGACCUGUUGCAAAUAAGGGUGACAAAUUCACGUCUCUUAUCCGUUGGAAUCUUUCAGACGUCUUGACUCCCUACAACGGCGGUAUCAAUGCGAUUUCCAACGAGCCGGUAGCGACGAUGGAGCAACCAUUUGCCGCUGAAGACAUCGUCGUCGUCACUGACGGCUACUGUGCAUCAACUUGCACAAUCUUUUCCGAACUCAUGCGCCAAGUCGCUGGUGUCAAAUAUGUUUCCUUGGGAGGCCGGGCUUUCGAUGGACCUAGUCAAGCGGUGGGAGGCGUCAAGGGGACAAACAACUUGCCCUGGCCCAUCAUACAACAGGAGGUCGCCCUGGUCUACAAUUACUCGACCCCAUCAGAAGCUCAGAAGUAUGAUACGACGAGCUUGAUCGAAUACAAUGACAACCUCCCAUUUCUUCGCGCAGGUCCCAUUAGCCCAAACACGAACUUCCGCGAUGGAAUUAGGGUCGGUGACGAGACUGGCACGCCUCUGCAGUUCGUGUACGAAGAGUCCGAUUGCCGAAUCUUCUACACUCCAGAGAUGACGGUCGAUGUUACCAACAUCUGGAAAGCGGUUUACGACAGUGCUUGGGGUGGCCAAAGCCACUGUGUGGCUGGUCAGCUGGGUGGUGGUUACAGCCGUGCUCGAAAGGAGAGGAGUCCAGUCCAAAGACGGGUCAGCUGGAGGCGAGAUAUGAGCAUUCAGGACUACCCGAUGAGUGUUUUCACCGAUGAGAGUGCCGUGGACUUUACUGCGGACGGCUUCAUGAUGCCGUAA